AUGUGUUGUUCUGUGAAACGGUUUCUUUUAUUGUUCGGGUUUCUGUGUCUAGUUUCGCGUAGUGUCGCGGAUGCACAGGAAGAGAAUCAUUUAACGUGCGGUAGACGUAAGGUGAAGUCAAUUUUCCUCAUCCAUAACGGUGUAGACGCGAAGGCCGGUCACUGGCCGUGGCAUGCAGCGAUCUUCUAUCGAAAUAAGGAACACAAUGAAUACGAAUGCGGUGGAUCCAUCCUUGAUCACAACACUAUUCUCACCGCAUCCCAUUGCGUGUAUACGGCUGGCGGUGUGAUUUCUGCAACCCGCGUGUUAGUACACGUGGGACAAAACCACCUUGAAAAGGCAAGUGAGUACACGCAGAUACACGAUGUACGGGAUAUCAUAGUACAUCCCGGGUUCAGCAGCAACAGCAUCAUCCACGACAUUGCGCUGAUAAAGCUCAGGACUAACAUCACAAUGACCAAGUACGUCCAGCCCGUCUGUCUGUGGACAAUGGACAGUAAACAGGAUCUGAUCGUGGGCAAAAAUGGCACGAUCGUUGGAUUCGGCUUAAAUGAGCAGGACGUUGUGUCGCAGCAGUUGAAGCAGGCCUUGGUUGGUGUGGUGGAUGCAUUGACGUGCAUCGCAAGCGAUCGCACGGUGUUUGGCACUCAUCUAACAACGGACAUGUUCUGCGGGAAAGGACAGAAGGGUGUGAGUGCAUGCAAUGGAGAUAGCGGCGGUGGCAUGUUCUUUGAAAUCGGUGGCAAAUGGUACGUCAGGGGACUGGUAUCGUUCACUCCGUUGCGCGGAAAUACAGGAUUGUGUGAUCCGCUCAAGUACACUGCCUAUACCGAUGUGGCCAUGUACCUGGAAUGGAUUAAGCCGCACAUUGAUCAGCGCGUGCUGUCCUACGACAGCGAUGUGCUGGACAUUGAUUACGAGGAAAAACUGCGGCUGUUCAAUUUUAAAACGUGCGGCGUAAAACAAUUUAUCGUUUAUCCGGAUGGUGUAUCACGAUGGACGAUACCCUGGCUUGGAUUUGUCAGAGUAGGAAUUGAAGAUGAGCCUAGGUGUGCUGUUAUACUGAUAAAUGAAUGGUACGCGGUCGGACCUGCACAUUGUUUCGAAAAUGACGCGAUUGAAUAUUUCGUUGCGCUAGGGCAUCUUAUUGAUGACGGGGAGGAGCAAUGCACCUAUUUUGAUGAGUCCUCGGUAUGUCCCUAUCCAUUACAAGAACGCCCAAUUGAAAGGAUCAUUGUGCAUCCAAAGUUCGGUACAAACAAUACGGCGGACAAUAUCGCACUGAUCGAGCUACAGGUCUCGGCCGACACCAGUCAGCCGCAUGUGCAGCCCAUCUGCGUGCCUGUUACGCCCGAGCUACGAACGAACGCAAAGGCAAACCUACACGUAGCAACGGUUUCUAGGGAAGACGAUUCCUACAAAAACAUUCCCAUUCACUAUCUAGAGUCCGUCGAGUGUAUGAAAAAGUACGCCGGGCAGAACAUUGUGUUGGAGCUGGAAAACAAACGACUGUGUGCAGAAAUAGCAAACCAACGGGAUGAAGAAAAUUGUUCUCCAUUAGUGGCGGGUGCACCGCUCCAGGAAAUGAAGAUGUUUGACGGCAAGGAGCAGUACUUUCUACAAGGAUUCGAGCUGCUUGGACUGGCUUGUAAUGCACGGGCACCACCAAUUUACAACAAUGUAGAGCCAUACAUCGACUGGAUACUGUACAACAUGCGGUACCGCAGCUUAGAGUCAGCGGAUGGGUUGACAAUUUCAAAUGCUAACAGCACGCAACAAACACUCGAGUCGGAAUGGGCCAUGUUGCAGCAGCAGCCGGGAAAGGAAAAAUUGCACCUUUUCGAUAUGCAAACCUGUGGCAUACCCGGCGCAACUUUCGAAAAUUUGGGACCGCUAACGGUCACGCCGUGGGUCGGACAGCUUGAAUCUACCGAAAAUGUUACGGAUGAAGACUUUUUGGAUUCAGAUACUGUAGUGCUCAUAAGCAAAUGGUACGCAUUGGCCCCGAAAAGUAUUCUAGCGAGAAAUUCAACUUGGAGAAUUCUUAGUCUAGGUAGUUACAAUCGGGAUAUUAUCACCGACUGUUCCCUUAACGUAUGCGGACAGCAGAAGGUAGAAAUAAAAAACAUUAUCAUCCCUUCUGCUGAUCAUCCUAGCCAGAUAUUUGCACUAAUAGAGCUGCUCGAGCCUGCCAAUCUGAGGAAUCCAUCCAUUAGACCCAUCUGCUUGCCCUUCAUGCAUCAACUGCAUCGGCAAACACCCACAGAAGUAUUUAUAUCGUCUAGCAGAAACCUGCUUUACGUUGACAGCAAAAAACUGAAGAUGGUCGAUCACCUGAUUUGCCAGCAACGAUUACUACUUGAACGUGAAUUCGUCACCUUGGACGAGAACAUCACUUGCGCAAUCGAGGCAGAAAAGAUUCGACAAACAGAAUUAUUUUCCUUCGUGGGCACCCCGUUCCACACGAGCGUGUGGUACGAUAAACGAAUGCGCUACUUUCUGUACGGAGAUUAUGUUAGCGGAUCUUGA